AUGGCCAGUACUCAGUCAAAACGGGUGCCUUGCUUGCUCAGGGAGUUCUUAAUCCUAAAUUUUGAGAAGGUUGAGUUCGGCUGGAUCUGGAAGCUUAAUGUAGCUCCUAAGAUAAAAUUAUUUCUUUGGAAAGCGUGCCAUGAUGGUUUGCCCUCUAAGGAUAGACUUGAGAAGUGUAAAGUUUUUGUUCCUCAACAAUGUGUUCUUUGCUGUCAUAAUUCUGAGUCAGUUGCUCAUCUGUGUUUUGCUUGUCCGUUUACUCUUCAGGUAAUUGAGUGUUUGCAAGUGUCUGAGGGUUGGCCGGGAAUUCCGGAUUUGAUAAAUGUGUCGAUUUCUUCUUCCUUCAGGUACUGGUUUGAGGAGUGUCAUCUAGUUCUUGAUAAGGCGUCAGUGGAGAAAUUGGCCUGUGUUUGGUGGUUUAUUUGGUUUUGUCGAAACAAAGUUAUUUUUAAUGAGGAGGGUUUUUCGCCUAGGAAGGCUAGUUAUUUGAUUAGCCAUUUUUUUGCGCAAUGGGUUGGUGGUCCCAUAAAGCAAGUGGAGGAUUCUGAGGGGUGCUUGGUGAGACCUCCUUUGCAGAGUAAGGGUGUGAGGUCGGGUCCUCGAGUUAUUUGGAAUCCCCCUCCUGAGGGGUUCUGCAAGUUAAAUUUCGAUGGUUCUAAGCUGGGAAAUGGGGAUGCAGCCCUGGGCUUUGUUAUUCGCAAUACGGAGGGGGAGGUGUUGCUGGCUGGAGCUAAGUCGCUAGGGCAGUAUGUUUCCAUUGUUCAAGCAGAAGCUUGGGCUCUGCAUGCGGGCAUUAAAGGAGCCCUUUCGCUGAAUAUCCCUAAGUUGGUGGUGGAAGGUGAUAAUUUGGUAGUUAUUAACUCUAUGAGGCAUAUUUGGCGUGUUCCCUGGGAAAUAUCUAACAUUCUGGUUGAUGUUGGGUUGGAUGCUGCUCUAUUUUCGGAGUGUCGUUUCUGUCACUGCUUCCGUGAGGCAAACCGGGCGGCAGAUUUCAUGGCUAAAAAGGCGCAUUCUUACUCCUCGCUGUUAUAUUGGUUUCCCCCUUAUUGUCUGGAUUUUUCCCUUAUCAUCCGUAAGGAUGUUUUAGGUUGGCCCCCUGAUUAA